GCUGCGACCGGCGCCGAGGGAGGUUGUGCGUGCGCGUUCACGCCGGCCCGUCCCGCCGCACGCCCCGCCCCGCGAGCGUGUUUCGAGAGAGUGACCGGCGACACGCGGAGUGACGACAACGCGAGUGACGGGCGAGUGCGCGCGCGCGUGCGUGUGUGUGACGAGUGUUUGCGUGCUGUCACGCUGUGACGGGAAGUGUGACACCCUUCUUUGUCUGUCAUCAUCUUUUUGGAUACAGUGACCCGCGCGAGUGAGUGAGCGCGCGUGAGUGCUUUGUUAGUGAGUGUGAGUGCGUUGUGAGUGCGUCUAGAGUGAUACCCGAGAGGGUCCCAAGUGCACUACGGCUCACUGUGCCAUUUACGAGGCUCCUGCAGCCAGCUCCUGAGCCCGCAGCAGCCGCAGCGGGACGGACGAGGCUGGCGGCCAAGGACCGCGGCUAAGCUAGGCAGCGGCGGCUCGGCAGGGCCCGCCGGACAGACCCGGCUGGCAGGCAGGCGGGCCGCUCAAGAGCAGCCGGCAGGCAGGCGCAGGCCAGGCAGGCGCUGCUCGGCGACAGCGUUGCCGGUUCGUGCGGCCGGGCGUCGAGAGACCCGCCGGCAGCAGGCCGUGCAGGCCGAGGUGCAGCAGAAGCAGGACCGGUGUCAACAAGGUGUUCAAAGAUGACCGGGACGUAACAGAGGCGCCAUGGAGCGUCUGCUGUUGGCCGCGCUGCUGCUCUGCGGCGCGGUCGUGUGGGCUGGCGAGCAGCACAACCAGGAUGCUGUCAAGGAGGCCGUCCUCGACCACGGCCCGCACGUGGACGACCGACUGAACGAACUCGUUUCCGAACACAACGACCACGGCCUGGGCGACGACGGUGGCGGCGGAGGCGGUCCCAAGGGGGGAACGCACCUCCCCGACAAGACGUCACCCGCGCUCAACGAACUAGACGCCAAGACGGACGCCGACGAGUCGGAUCUCGCUUCGUCGUCGUCCUCUUCCUCUUCCUCGGCCUCGACGUCCUCGGAGAGCGCCCCUGAAGCGAAGCCCUCGGAGGAGUCCGUGGAGGUGCCGACGAACCCGGAAGCUGACAAGACACUCGUCCCGGACACCAGCGAGUCCGCCUCUUCGGGCUCCGAGGACGAGUCUGCCGACGACGUGGCCGCCAACGCCGAACCCAACCCCGCCGAACUGAAACCCGCCCCCGAGGCCGACGCCCCCCUCGCCCCGGAGGAGGCAAGCUCCACCGAGGAGGUGCCGGUUGCGCCCAAGUCCACCGUCAGGGAGGUGAGCGUCGGCGCGGACGACCCCGAGCCGGAGCUGGACGCCGACGAGGAGACCGCAUCCACCGAGUCCUCGGAGACGCAGGCCGCCGAGGACUGGGGCGCCGCGAGCACCGAGCGUGGCGUGGCCGCCGUCGACGAGAAGGCGGCCGACGAAGAGGGCGGCGGCGGGGAUGAUGAGGAGGAGGAGGACGGGGAGGAGGAGGACGAUGAAGGGGACAGCGGAGGCGCUGAGGACGAGGAUGUCAGCGACGAGGACGAGGACACGGGCGCUCACCAAGUGACGACCGCCUCAACGACGAUGAUGACGACGACGACGACGAGCACCACCACCGCCGGCACCUCGACGAGCACCCCGUCUACGACGACUUCGGCCGCUGCCGUCGACACAACUACCACCACUACAGCCGCCACCACCACCACCACCACCCCAACCACCACGACCACGACCUCAGCGGCCACUCCAGCCACCGCUGCAACAACCACGGCCAGGACGGCGCCGCCGCCGCCCACCCCCUCGACCACCACGACGACGACCACAACCACGCCCAGGACCGCUGUCCGCAAACCGCACGUCAAGAAGGUGGUGCUGCCCCCGCUGCCCGCCGUGCGUCCGUCGCGGCCCCCGCCGCCCAGCCACACCCUGAUCGGCGUGCGCGCGGACGAGCCGCCGCGGCGCUACCAGCCGCCGCCCUUCCGGUUCACCCGCGAAUCGUACUCGGCGUCCGUGCCGGAGAACUCGCCCGGUCGCACGCUGCUGGUGCCGGAGGAGCGCAUGGGCAUCCUGCUCGAGGGCCCCGGCGCGCCCGUCAGCAGCGACACCUCCCCGACCACGCCCGACGUGGUGUUCCGCAUCGUGGCGGGCGACCGCGACCGCUUCUUCAAGGCCGAGGAGCGCGUCGUGGGCGACUUCUGCUUCCUGCAGCUGCGCACGCGCGCGGGCAACACGGACGUGCUGAACCGCGAGCGGCGCGACAAGUACACCCUGGUGGUGCGCGCGACGGGCACCCUCCGCGGCAACGCCACCGGCGCCGUGCUCGAGGCCAACACGACGGUCCAUGUGCGCGUGCUCGACGUCAACGACCUCACGCCGCUCUUCUACCCCACCGAGUACGAGGUGCAGGUGGCCGAGGACGCGCCGCCACACAGCAGCGUGGCGCGCGUCGCCGCCGAGGACGCCGACCUGGGCCCCAACGGCGAGGUGUACUACGCGCUGAGCGACUGGCAGGCCGAGCAGUGGGCAGUGCACCCGACCACGGGCGUCGUGUCCGUCACCAGGCCGCUGCUGCUAAGCGAGCAGACGGCCCACGAGCUGACGGUGGUGGCGCGCGACCGCGGCGCCCAGGACGACACGGUGCUCGGCGCCAAGCACAAGAGCCAGGCGCGCGUACGCGUGCGCGUGCAGCGCGUCAACCUGCACGCCCCGGAGAUCUACGUGCGCCCGCUGCCGGAGAUCAUCGAGCACGCCCACGGUGACAUCUAUGCCAUCGUGCGCGUCGUGGACAGGUACGCUGUGUUCAAAAUGGGAUUUUAA